UGGCAGGAAGGUUGUUCAAUUCGCAAUAGCGCCCUUAUUCAUUUAUUCUGGAUUAUUCAACGACUAAUCAAUAAAGGCUAAGAAACGGGACACCGAAGAUAUACAUUGUGUAUCAGAAAUGGAUGGAGGCCGACAAAAGAAGAAAUCAGUCUCUCAAAUCAUUAAGGAAAAGAAGAGGCAAGCUUUAUUAACGUUACAGUGGCUUGAUGAAAACUAUUGCGUCUGUGAUGGAGUCUGUCUUCCCCGGUGUAUCUUAUACUCGCAUUAUCUGGACUUCUGUAAACAGAACAACAUGGAGCCUGCAUGUGCUGCAACGUUUGGGAAGACGAUUCGACAGAAGUUUCCUCAGUUGACGACCAGGCGACUUGGAACUCGAGGACAUUCGAAAUAUCACUAUUAUGGUAUCGGAAUCAAAGAGACUAGUGCCUAUUACCACACCGUUUUUUCUGGGAAAGGCUUAACCAGAUUUUCAGGCUGCAGUCAGAGAAACGAGGAAGCCUUCUCAAGGUCAUAUAACCUGAGCUCGAAGACUGGCACUCUUCUACCCGAAUUCCCUGACGCGCAGCGUCUCAUUCUGCCUCCUCAUGCAAAGAGAGAGAAAGUAGCCACACUGUUCAUGAUGUACAGGACGCAUUCGCAGUGCAUAUUGGACACUGCUAUUAAUGGCAAUUUCAAUGAGAUUCACAACUUUCUUCUGCACUUCUGGCAAGGCCUGCCGGACCACCUCCUGCCACUUCUCGAUCACGAGGUGGUCGUAGAUAUUGUCAGCAUCUGUGAUUCAAUCCUCUACCAAGUUCUCCUAGACGUCCUUGUGCCCUCCACUUUGCAGGAAUUAGGCCAUGGACUGUUGAAAGAUAUUCGCAAGUUCGCCUCCUCGCUGGAGUCGUGGCUAACAACAUCGUUGGAGAAUCUCCCGGACAAUCUAAUCGAGAAGAAAUUACCAGUUGCGAGGAGGUUCGGCCAGGCCUUGAAAAGACACACAGCGUUCAUUCAUAUAGCUCAGACGACCAAGAACCUGCUGGACAACACUGACCUUGUGCAGACGAUAUGUGGUGACCUUGGAGAGUUGGACACGACCUUCACGGCACAGACGCUAGGCCUAGAAACUGGCAUGGAAGGAGAACACGAACUAACAAUAGAUGUUCUAAACGAUUUGUGUGAUGUCCUGAAGAACCAACCAACCAUUGAAUCCCUCAUAGAUUGGAUGGACGCAUUGGUCGAACUUAAAAUCGACAAGCCCAGCAAACAGAAUGGCAAAACCUUCAAGAGACGCUCACAGGAAUUUCUGCUUCGAUGGUCUUUCUUCCUUGCAAGGAUGGCCCACAAUAUGACACUGGGUAACGCACACGAGUACGGCUCUUUUCAUGUGAUCCGGCUGUUCCUAGAUGAGUACAUCCUCCUGGCUGUAGAGACGUAUCUCCACAACGAGGCAGAAAAAGACUUGCAAAAUGUUCUCCGAAAACACACCCGGGAAGAGGAUCUGGACAAGGUUGAU